CGGGCAAACAGAGGCUGGGCCCCCAUCCCUGCCCAGCCUGGCUAAUAACCACUGAGCAACCUAUCCGCAUGGACCAGCUGGGCUCUCUGCCUGGCUAAAAUCUAUGUCCCCCCUCUCAGGCUGUGGAUCCGAAUGCCCCUGGGACCCCUUUCCCUCUCCUUGUGAGCUCUGGGUCCCAAAGGGUUAAAAAUCCCCCCCCCUCCAGAACAGGUGGUGCCUGCAGAUUUCCUGUGGCAUGAGGCUCCUCCCCCACCCCCAACUCUCCAGCCCCCUCCCACACCCCGCUCUGGUGAGAGCUGCUGUGGCCAAGGAGGUGGCUGGAGGGGGAGGCAGGGUGCCAGCUGGGCCUCCAGGAGCCAGACGGACACACGGAUGCAGCCAUGGCACGGAGGGCCCCAGUUCUGGUGACCCUCUGGCUUAUCCCCACUGUGGUGGUGGGCAGCCUGCAAACUGAGGAGCGUCUGCUGGAGAAGUUGUUUGAGAACUACAACUCCAACGUCCGCCCCGCCCGCACUCUCACCGACAAGGUGUUCAUCCGGGUGGGCAUGUCCCUGUCACAGCUCAUCAGCCUGAAUGAAAAGAACGAGGAGCUGACCACGAAGGUGUACAUGGACCUGGAGUGGACGGAUUAUCGCCUGAGCUGGAAUCUGUCUGACUUUGAUUACAUCAGCUCCAUCCGGUUGUCUUCUGACAAAGUCUGGCUCCCGGAUAUCUACCUCAUGAACAACAAUGAUGGUAAUGUUGACAUCGCCCUACCUGUGAAUGUCUUGGUCUCUCAUGUGGGGACCGUUCAGUGGCUUCCCCCCGCCCUCUACCGCAGCAGCUGCAGUAUCCAGGUUACUUACUUCCCCUUCGACUGGCAGAACUGCAGCAUGGUGUUCCAGUCCUACGCCUAUGGGGCAACCGAGCUGGGCCUGCUGCACCCGCUGGAUGAGGCGGGGCGUGAGGUGCAGGAGAUCAUCAUCUUUGAGAACACCUUCAUCGACAAUGGGCAGUGGGAGAUCCGGCACAAGCCUGCACGGCGCAACACACUGCCUGGGGAGUUACAACAUGAGGACAUCACCUUCUACCUCAUCAUCCGCCGCAGGCCACUCUUCUACAUCAUCAACGUCAUUAUUCCCUGCAUUCUCAUCACUAUCCUGGCCAUCUUCGUUUUCUAUCUGCCCCCUGAUGCCGGGGAGAAGAUGACUCUCUCCAUCUUCGCUCUGCUCACCCUCACCGUUUUCCUGCUGCUGCUGGCAGACAAGGUGCCAGAGACCUCGCUGGCCGUGCCCAUCAUUGUCAAAUACCUCAUGUUCACCAUGAUCCUAGUGACCUUCUCCGUCAUCCUCAGUGUGGUGGUCCUCAACCUGCAUCACCGCUCGCCCAACACCCAUGACAUGCCCUUCUGGGUCAGGCAGAUUUUCAUUCAUCAGCUCCCGCGUUACCUGGGGCUUCAGCGUCCGAAACCAGAGCCCAUCCUGAAACCUCCCCCAGCCUCCAAACGGGAAUUAGUGGUAAAGAGCAACCGGAGCACAGACGAAUAUUUCAUUCGCAAACCCACCUGUGACUUCCUCUUCCCCAAGCCAAGCAGAUUCUACCAGGAUCCCUUCUUGCAGGACCUGCGCCGGUUCAUCGAUGGGCCGAGCGAAUGCCUCGUCCUGCCGCUUGACCUCAAGUCCGCCAUGGACGCUGUGACCUACAUCGCCCAGCAGCUCCAGGACCAGGAGGACUAUGACACGCUCAAAGAAGACUGGCAGUACGUGGCCAUGGUGGUGGACCGUCUUUUCCUCUGGACCUUCAUCACCUUCACCAGUGUUGGGACCCUCACCAUUUUCCUGGACGCCAGCUGCAACCUGCCUCCCCUGCACCCCUUCCCAUGAGCCCCUCCUCCCCGGGACCCCACCGCCGCUGUCCCUUUGCUUCUGUAUGGUCUGGGAUGCGCCCUGGUGUUGGGGUCUGGCCUCUGCUCUAUUGGACAGUGGUGUGAAUCCGGAGUCACUCCAAAUCAUGUUCACACCUGCUGGGGAUGAGAUGGAGUCAGUUCUGCCUCUAACAUUCAGAGAGAGCUGUAAGGUAUUUGAGGCUUAUUUUCUGGGUUUCAAUAAAUCCUAGAUUUUUGGUUACAGUAAAA